AUGAUGCAUGUUGGCAUCAAUAACAACUCAAUAUCUUCAUCAAACUAUACUGAAUGGGAUAAUCUCUCACACAUUGGGAACAAAACCAAUGUUUUGGUUACAUACAGUGCCACUUCUAAGAAACUUAAUGUGUUCUGGUCAUAUGAUGAAGAACCAACUUCUGAUGCAAACUCUUCUCUCUCUUACCAGAUUGAUCUUAGGAAAGCUGUCCCCGAGAGAGUCGUAAUCGGGUUUUCAGCAUCCACAGGUGGGCAUAUCGAGCGACAUACCAUCAAUUCAUGGGAAUUUUCCUCAUCUCUGGAAGAGAGAGCGAAAACAGGGGGUAAAUUUUGGAUUCUCGUUGCUGCAUGUUGCUUCUGCUUCUUGACAGUUGGGAUUUUCAUUGGUGGGAUAUUUGCAAUUGAGAAAAGAAAGCAAAAGGUGGACAAAAUUGAAUCAAGAAUAUCUAUAAUUGAAGAUCUCGAAAAAGAUGCCUUUCCGAAAAGAUUUUGUUACCAAGAACUCGUAACAGCCACUGAUAAUUUCUCAAUUACCAAGCAGUUGGGUCAAGGUAGUUCUGGACAAGUCUACAGGGGAAACAUGAGCAGGUUAGGCGGCCUAGUUGCUGUAAAGAGAAUACUGGCUGAAUCCGAACUGUAUGAGUCACUUUUUGUCAAUGAAGUGAAGAUUAUCAGUCGAUUAAAACACCGAAAUCUGGUGCAAUUAAUGGGGUGGUGUCAUGAAAAAGAUGAGCUUCUACUUGUGUAUGAGUAUAUGCAAAAUGGCAGCCUUGAUUAUCAUCCAUUUGGUAAUCAAAAACCUCUGCCAUGGAGUAUCAGAUACAAAAUAGCAUUAGGCUUGCCUUCAGCCCUACGAUAUCUCCAUGAAGAGGCCGAGCCAUAUGUUCUGCAUAGGGAUAUAAAAUCAGCAAAUGUAUUACUGAACACGGAUUUCAGUACCAAGCUGGGUGACUUUGGGGUGGCAAAGGUUGUGAAUUCUUGGUCACAAAAUCAAGCAACCAACGUAGUGGGGACAGUCGGCUACUUGGCCCCUGAAUAUCUAAGAGAUGGCCGCGCCACUAAGGAAUCAGACAUGUUUAGUUUUGGAAUUGUAAGUUUAGAAAUUGCAUGCGGGAGGCGAGCAGACAGGGAGCCAUUGAUAAAGUCAGUUUGGGAACUCUAUAAAGCAGGAAACAUUAUCCAAGCAGCAGAUACGAGACUAGAAAUGAAGUUUGAGAGCAGAGAAUUGGAAUGCUUACUAAUUGUGGGAUUAUGGUGCACACACCCAGUCGACAUGGAGAGGCCAUCUGCAGGACAAGUAAUUCAACUUCUCAAUUUUGAAGCAACACUGCCAGAGCUUCCUCAGGAGUUGCAUGAUCCUGCAUUUGUUCCAAGGCCACUGUCUCCAGAUUCAGAUGACUCAUCAGAAGCAUGA